AUGCCGCUCCAUUGGGCAGCUCUGUGGCUGGUCCACGCCACUGCCGCGCCUCUGGUGACCUUAAUUGUCUCGCGCCAUGGUAUCCGCACGCCAUAUCCCCCCGGAGGGGAAGGGAAUCUCACCAAGGAGUCCAUGGCCAAGUACACCCCUCAAAGUUUUCCACCUUGCUGGCCGCCAGGCCCUGGAACUUCGGAGGUCUGGGGGACCAGCAUCACUGCAGGGCUGACGCCUCAUGGUGGCCGGCAGAUUCGCAACAUGGGAGCUUGGAUGGGCAGCAGAAACUUCUCCACAGUGAAAUGUGAGGAGGUGGCUGUCUAUGCUGAUACCAACUCCGCACGCGACAACGAGACAGCGACCAACUGGACACUUGGAGCAUUUCCGAGUUGCAGCUCGCUUCACCAAGAGGAGAACAUCAUAGGCGAUCCGAAGUAUUUGCUCUUCAACGACGGAAGCAACCAGGAGCUUUGUGGCUUUCCGUGGCGCCACGAGGUCAUCAAGAGCUUCCUGGGAAGUGGCAAGGGCCACUUCGAGGCUUUGUUGAAGGCCUGGCAGGCACAGAUUGAGAAGGUGGAUAGUGUGGUUCACUGCUGUCCAGAUGCUGGGCUAUGUGGAGGACAGCUACCAUGCAAUUUGAGUGCUUUGCCCAUCAAGUACACCGGAAAGUUCUGGGCUGCUACAGAGGGCGCCUUUGACAUUGCUGUCUUUUGGGCUGAAUUCUUCCUGCUGGAAUAUUUGAAUGGAAACCCAUCCUAUGCCGCAGGCCAGCUCAGUCAAGCUGAUUUAGUGGAUCUCUACCGCAUGGUGGUGGCCAACAUGGAAUUUCUGGAUAACGUCUUCUCCUCCAAACGAUUAGAGUCCACCCUGGCGGCGCACAUCCUGGGCACUUUGCUGCAGGCUGAGCAGCAGCAGCAGAUCCCAGGGGUGCAGCAUUCGAAGGACGCCAAGGUGGUCUACAUGGCGGGACACGAUACGAAUCUUCUUCUUCUGCGGUCCUUGCUUGGUCUGCGUUGGCAAAGCGAUGGCUGGGCCGAAAAUGCUGUGGCACCUGGUGGUAUGCUUAUCGUUGAACUGGACUGGGAUGUGGAGGAUAGCAGUCGAGGUCCAGUGGUGUCCAUGUACUUUCAGGUGGCCCAACCGCAGCAGCUGCGAGAGGGGGUGAUCUUUGGUGAGCAGCAGCCCAGCCGUGUGCAGGUGGCCAUCACUGACUGUCGAGAGGACCCCUUCGCGUGCCCCUUGGACACCUUUCAGAAGAUUGUGGUAUCUAAGAUUCGACCUGAGUGCAUCGGCAUUCCAGGUCUCAGCAGCGUGGUCGACAAUAGCACUGCUUCUGCCACCUGGCCCGCGCGCUACUGGUGGACAUUUCUGCUCACAGGCGCCGAUGAAAUCGAUGAAAUCGAUGGAAAUGGUGGAUUCCUGUAA